GUCAUUCCGUCCAGCAUUGUAUCACUUGAACAAUUUUCUUCGCGCAUCUGGAGGAUCCGCUCACCACCAUUGAGUCUGCUCAGGAUGACGAAGACCAGAAGGGAUGGCCAGCAGGUGCUCUCGGUACACGAGUCUGCAGACAUCCUGCGGGCGUGCGAGCUGAAUGCAAAACAGAUGAGGCAGGCCGCUAGAAGGGGCCAGCAGGCUGGCGGUGAAUCUGCAUCAAAGCUGUCCAAUGGGAAUGAGAGCGACAUGGCAGAGAUGGAGCAGAUAAGAGUUGCUGGUGUAAACAAGAAGGAGACUAGGAACAAGGAUGAAUCUGCAGAGGACUCCUUGAACAUCACCCCAGAAAGGAGAAGUCUUCGGGGCGCUUCCGGGUCUGCCCAAAAACAGAGCAAUACAGGCGGCUCCGCAGAAACCCCUCCCCUCCGCGGCAGAAAGUUUCGGGGCGCAAAUCCGAUAGGCGCGGCCACCGUGGCGCGCCAGAUGGCAGAAAUUGACCUGCGGACUCCAGAGACCCUCCACCCUGUCUGCAUUGGCGCAUCUCAGGCCAGCCAAGAGCAGGCACGUUUAUUUGGGUCGCCGCCAGCUGAUCAAACAACGCCGGAAGGCAGCGGGAGAAGGAAAGGGAAGCGGCAGCGGGACUACCACCCGCUGUAUCUGGAGGCUGUUGAGAGGGGUUUUGCAUCUGGCAAAAAGGCACGGGAGCGUCAACGGGAAAAGGAUGUUGGAGCCAAGUCAGGUGAUGUUGGAAGUCCGGAGACUGGAAGUAAGGAGACAAGGGCUAUCCCAGGGACUAGUGAGGAGGGACAGACUACUGCCCUUGAAACAGACACAGUACGAAAGGUGGUGCAAGGACGAGGGGCUAACGAGCAAGGGCCGGAGACAGCAGAAAGCCCUGUUGCGGAGGAAGACAUGGAAGUGCCUCAGAGCCCAGUUGCCAUAGACGAGCCCACAGCACCCCCACACAUCGAGGAGGCACAAGAGGUUCCAAGGAGCACAGUCGAUGAAGAGGGAAGUCUAGAGGACCCCCAGACGAGCGGCGCCGGAGAGGAGCCAUUGAGCGCCCACGAGUUGGCAGUCAGUGCUGCAAUGAAACUGCUCAAGGGGCGGUUGCUUGGCUUGGAUGGGUGGAGUACAGGGGAUCGGGAGGGGCGGGCGGCAGGCAUGGAGGAGUUUGUAGCACACCAGAAGAAGCUGUACACUUUGCUGGCAGACACUGUGGAGAAGGGGCUCAACGUCUCAGCGCUGCUGCUGGGGCCCAGGGGGGGCGGGAAAAGCGCGAUCGUGGACGGAGUGAUCCGCGACUUGCAAGAGGAGUUCCAAGAGAGGGUCACCGUGGUUCGACUAAACGGUCUCGUGCAUGCGGACGAGCGCACUGCGCUCAAGGAGAUUGCGCGUCAACUGUGUGAGGACAACGAUCUAGCCAUCUCCUCCAAGACUUCCACGUUCGAGUUGAACCUGCGCUUCCUGACCGACAUUCUGACGGAGUGCGUGAAAGCUCACCGCGCCGUCAUUUUCGUUCUGGACGAGUUUGAUCUCUUCGCCCAGCGUCCAAAGCAGACGCUGCUGUAUAAUCUGCUGGACGCGAUCCAGUCGUCCAAGACACAGGCCGCCGUCGUGGGCAUCAGCUGCCGCAUGGACGCUGACGAGUUGCUGGAGAAGCGGGUGCGGUCGCGCUUCUCGCACCGGCGGCUGCAGGUGCUGGAACCUAAGGCGAACGAGCUUGUCAGCAUCCUGGCUGAUGCGCUGCGGUUGCCACCAUCAUUCCCUUAUCCCGAGUUCGCGGACCGCUUCAACAAGCGAGUGGAGGAAGUGCUGGCCGACCCGGACGUGCAGUCCAUUCUGGACUUCCACAUAUCCCGCAACCAAAGCCCCCGACACCUUCUUGACCUUGGGUUUCGCGCUUUGUGCUGCAUGGACCGGAGUCGCGGUUAUCUGACGGUGGACGACAUCAAAAGCGCCAGGGAUGCCGCCGAGAUAGAGCCGCGCGUCGAGUCAAUACGAGGGCUGUCCGUGCUGGAGCUGUAUCUGCUUAUUGCGAUGAAGCGCCUCGAGGAGAAGGAGCGCGACAAGUACAACUUCAACAUGGUCUUCGCAGAGUACCAGGAGCUCCGGCUGUACAACACCGCUGACGUCUACUCGCGCGGGGUGUCCCUCAGGGCGUUCCAGCACCUGGUGGGGCGCGAGCUGGUGGCGUUUGCGGACAGGCGCCCGCGUGGUGACCCCGUCGAGUUCCGUCCGAUGAAGCUCCUCGUGACCGCCGCCGAGAUCGAAUGUGCACUCGCUCAGCACCCCUCGCGAUCGAGCGUGUUGGAGCAGUGGUUUGCACACAAGGCAGCGGGCAAGUUUUGAGUUCGAAGUCUGAUUGAACGUUAGUCCAGAAGCAUGGUCAGGUCUGAGAAGGAGGUAAUCGAAGAGGUACAGCCUACGCAUUCGAAAUGUGUGAGGCAUAAUUUUAUCAAAAUAUGGACACAAAGCCUGUGAAAUACGUGUUUUAGUGAGGUGGCAGUGAAAAAGCCGCUUCUAUCUGUCUAUUCGAUCAAACGGCUUGUUUGAGUCAGACAACCUUCGAAAGUUUCUGUGUCUUGAUUGGUACCUUGACAUGGCAUGGACAAAGAAAAGGUGUACCAGAGAAUCGGAACCUGUUGAUUUGUGCAAUGAACCGAUGCU